AUGUCGGAAGACUCCCAUCCUAACACAGCAACGCGAGGUGAUCCUGAAGAGGACAUCCUUCCAUCCGAUCUUCGAGAACGCGCCCAGCGAAAGCUCCACGAAACCCCCGAACGUCGAACAGAGGCACUCCGUGAGCUCAAGGAACUACUUCGAGAUGAGACGCUGACCACCAGGACGGACACACUGUUCCUGCUGCGCUUCCUGAGAGCCAGGAAAUUCGACGUUCCCAGGGCGUUCCAGAUGAUCGAGCGUUACUACCGCGUCCGUCUCCAAGACCAGAGUCUGUAUCGGGACCUGCACCCGUUGUCUCGAAGGCAUCUUUUCGAGCUCCAGACGCACGGUUUCCUGCCAGACACCGAUCCCAAGGGGAGGAAGAUAUUCGUGAUGCGAAUGGGCAACUGGAAGCCCAGCAUCUGCAGUAUAGACGAAAUGUCGGCGCUCGCUGUUCUAGCCUGGGAACACGUCCUCGAAGACCCGAGAACGCAGGUGAUGGGAAUCGUGGUCCUUCUGGACCUGGGAGGUGGUUCGCUCAGGCACAUGAAAUCCGUGACGCCGAGUCACGUCUUCGCAGUCGCCUACAGCAUUCAGGUGUGCGCUCAGUUUUUUUUCCCCCCUCUUACACGUACAUAA